AUGAGUAGCACCAACUGCCUUACCAUUCUGUCCCUGAACAUCAACGGUUUGGGGAGCGAAGGAAAGCGGCAAGCGUUAAAAAGAUGGAUCAAAACAGCUGCGGAUGUGGUGAUUCUAGCGGAUAUGAGAGUGGCAGAGGAUCACAAUUUUUGGACAGAGUUAAAUCCUCACAGUUUGGCCGCGGCAGGAGCACCUACCAGGGAAGGUGGGGUGGCCAUUUUGAGCUUCCGGGAUGGGGUGGUAGUAGAGGACGUCCACCGGCAUGUGUCGGGCAGGUUGCUCCACGCGAGGGUGCGGUGGGGUGCAAGGCAGAUGAGAUUGUUGGCGGUGUAUUUUCCAGCACAGGCACCUCCAAGGGGCAGUUUCCUAGAAACAGAGUUCAGCAUGGUUGUUGCAGACCUGCCAAAAGGGGAGCAGCUGGUGGUAGCAGGCGAUUUUAAAAUGAUUGAAGACCCGGUGCAAGAUAAGUCAAAUCGUCAGGGAGUGGUAGGAGACAACAACAGGAUGAUGCACAUGCUGCAAGAUUUUCAUGUGAAGGACGUAUUCAGGGAGCUAAAUCCGGACGAAUGUCAGCUUACCUUCUACUGCGGAUCAGCGAAAGUCAGCAGGAUCGACAGGGUGCUGGUCUCGCAGUCGUUGCAUCUAGUUGCCAGGGUUGCUCAUCGGCAGAUUCCGAAGGGGAUCACUGAUCCUAAGUGCACAGUCUGUGUGCGUUUGGUGUGGAGGGAUGCGCAGGAACCUGGCCCGGGUGUCUGGCGCUUUCCGGCUAGACUGGUGAAGCGCCCUGGUGUAGAAGUGGCGGUGGCUGAGGUGAUCCGGAGGCAUGGAGCAGAGGGGUGCGACGACUUUGACAAGUUGUCCAGUCGCCUGGGAGCUCGCCAACGAAAAUACGACAAGGAGGAGAGAAGGCAGGUCAAAAUGACACGGCGCGCACUGGAGGAGCAAGUGUGCACGCUGCGGCAAAAAGUGAUAGCUGACCCGAGUGAUGACAAGUUACAGGCGCUGCUGACGAACAGGGAGGCAAUGCUGGAGAGAGAAGCUCGGGAGAUCCUGGCAGCGGCCAAGAGUCAUUUCGCGGAGGCUUUUGACGAGCAGGUAGGGGGUGAUGAGGCAGAGCCGCUGGUCAAUGACAAGUCGCCAGGCAGUGACGGCAUCCCUAAGGAGCUUUUUCAGCACCAGUGGGAGUUGCUUAAGAAGCCAGUGAUGAACAUGGUUGAGCAGUUUGUAACAUCAGGGAAGCUGCCGGAGGUGGCGAACGAAGCGGUCACGAUUCUGCUUUACAAGAAGGGGGAGGAGACGGAUGUCAGAAAUUACAGGCCAAUAACGUUGCUGACUAGCGUGUACAAGAUCCUAGCGAAGGUGAUGGCGACUAGGAUGAAAGUGGUGCUGGAUCACGUGAUUUCAAAGGAGCAGUUUGGCUUUUUACCCGGUAGACGGCUUACAGACGCAGUGUCGUUGGUCACUGAUUUGAUUGAGACGGCCAAGAACGAAGGCAAUGACUGGUAUUUGCUACUCAUAGACUUCGAGAAGGCGUACGAUUCGGUACGAAGGGGUUUCAUGCUGGAGACGAUAGCCAAGCUUGGCUUCCCUCCGCGCUCUGUGGGAUGGAUUGAGAGCCUGCACAGGGACCCACUAAGCCGUUUGGUGGAGAAGAGGGAGCUGGGGAUCGGAGAGAAAGGUUGUGAAAGACUCGCGUACGUGGGGUACGCAGAUGACACCACACUGUUGCUGGAAGGGGAGGCACAACUAUCGGAGGCGGGCGCGGUGCUACAAGAUUUCGCAGCAGUGUCGGGGCUGAAGGUGAAUGCUGGGAAGUCUGCCGUGCUUCCACCGGGGAAGAAUGUGGGGGAACCGGCGCCGGCUGGUUUGGGCUACAAGUGGGUGGAGAAAGAGACGGCAGAGAGAUUGCUGGGGGUGUAG